AUGGCGGAGGCGGGCGCGGGGAGCCCGCACGGCGGGGACUCGGCGCCGCCGGGACCGCCCGAGGAGCAGGAGCUGAGCCGACGCCUCCGCCGCCUCUACCCCGCCGUCAACCAGGACGAGACGCCGCUGCCGCGCUCCUGGAGCCCCAAGGACAAGUACAACUACAUCGGCCUCUCGCAGGGCAACCUGCGCGUCCACUACAAAGGUCACGGUAAAAAUCACAAAGAUGCUGCCUCGGUCAGGGCCACUCACCCCAUCCCUGCAGCCUGUGGCAUUUAUUACUUUGAAGUGAAGAUCGUCAGUAAAGGUAGAGAUGGGUACAUGGGAAUAGGACUUUCAGCUCAAGGAGUCAACAUGAACAGGCUUCCUGGAUGGGAUAAACAUUCUUAUGGGUACCACGGUGAUGAUGGGCACUCCUUCUGUUCCUCGGGGACAGGGCAGCCCUACGGCCCCACGUUCACCACUGGAGAUGUGAUUGGCUGCUGUGUCAACCUUAUCAACAACACCUGCUUCUACACAAAAAAUGGCCACAGUUUAGGUAUAGCCUUUACAGACCUCCCUUCAAACCUCUACCCCACAGUGGGUCUCCAGACUCCAGGAGAGAUCGUGGAUGCCAACUUUGGGCAGCAACCCUUUGUGUUUGACAUCGAGGACUACAUGAGGGAGUGGAGGGCGAAGAUCCAGAGCACCAUUAAAAGGUUUCCCAUAGGAGACAGGCUGGGAGAGUGGCAAGCCAUGCUGCAGAAUAUGGUUUCAUCAUAUUUGGUUCACCAUGGCUACUGUUCAACAGCAACUGCCUUUGCCAGAGUCACAGACACCACAAUCCAGGAAGAACAGACCUCAAUAAAGAAUAGACAAAGAAUACAGAAGCUAGUAUUAGCAGGCAGAGUGGGAGAGGCUAUAGAAGCCACCCAGCAGCUCUAUCCUGGCCUCCUAGAACAUAACCCCAACCUGCUCUUCAUGUUAAAGUGCCGGCAGUUUGUGGAGAUGGUGAACGGCACGGACAGCGAAGUGCGGUGCUUCAGCGCCCGCAGCCCCAGAUCCCAGGACAGCUACCCCGGCUCCCCCAGCUUAAGUCCUAGACAUGGAUCAAGCAACUCACACGUUCACAGUACUGGAGCAGAUAGUCCAACCUGUAGCAAUGGAGUCAUGUCCACAAAAAGCAAACAGAGUCACAGUAAAUACCCAGCACUGAGUUCAUCAUCUUCAUCUUCCUCCUCCUCUUCCCCUUCAUCUGUGAACUACUCUGAGUCCAAUUCUACAGAUUCUACCAAAUCUCAGCAGCACAGUAGUACGAGUAAUCAAGAAACCAGUGACAGCGAGAUGGAAAUGGAGGCUGAGCAUUACCCCAACGGAGUGCUGGAAAAUUCAUCCACCAGGAUAAUGAAUGGCACCUACAAACACGAAGAGAUCCUGCAGACAGAUGAGUCCAGCAUGGAAGACAGCUGCCCCCAGAGGCAGCUCUGUGGAGGGAACCACGCUGCCACAGAGAGAAUGAUCCAGUUUGGACGGGAGCUGCAGAUCCUGAGCGAGCAACUUUGCAGAGAGUAUGGGAAGAACACCAUGCACAAAAAGAUGCUUCAGGAUGCCUUUAGCUUGUUAGCUUACUCAGACCCUUGGAACUGCCCUGUCGGCCAACAGCUGGACCCAAUCCAGAGGGAACCUGUGUGUGCUGCUCUCAAUAGUGCUAUUUUGGGUAAGAUCUGGUUCCUGUGGGAGUGUUUCACCUGCUCCCAAGGGCUGUCCUGUGGCAGGCAAGCCUGUGAGUGUUAGGGAAAGUUCAGAAAUAGUUGUGUUUAGCUUUUGUCUUUCUUUCUGUUGCUGGGGACUGUCAGGGCAGUAAUACAGGAAGGAGGGUAGGAGGGAAUUCUGCAGAGAACAGAUCCCCUGAUACAUUCCCAUUUUGACUCCCUUCCUUGCAUCUUCCUCAAUGCUGCUCCCAAGGAUGUGCCUCAGGAUUUUCCUCUCCUGCUUACUGAAGAAACCAAGAUCUCUUUGAUAGAUUUCCCACCCCUCUCCCUUCAUGCUCUGAACCCGCCUGAAUAAUUUUGUGGACUUUACCACAUUUGUAUGGAUUAGCAGAGUUCAGCCCUGGUAUCAUCCUGUUUUUUAGGAGAGAAUGCACAGUCUGUCUCACUGUGCCCAGGCAGAUUUCCUAUAGGGUCCGUGCAUCUCACACUGAAUGUUCCAGAAGGAGUUUUAGACC